AUGAAGCUGACCGCCAUCCUCGCCGCUAUCUCCCUCUCUUCCAUCGUCGCCGCGGCCCCUGUACCGACCGAAUCGCGCCGAGGAUUCAUCCCCAAGCCAAUGGACCUGAUUGAGAUGAUGUAUCCUCACUCAGGAAUUCCCAAGCUCGCGGGCAAACUUGAGAAAGAUUUGAAUAUCUAGUUCAUUGCAGACGUCCACUCGUAG